GAGGACAACUGGAUUCAGGCCCAGAUGCCCGUCGGGCCAAGCCCCUGAUGACAGCCCCAUGGCAUUGCACCUCUACAGCCCCCGCCUGCAGCUGGAUGAGACCCUGGAGCAGAUGCAGCAAGGGACUCUGAUGCGGAAGGUAAAGUCCAAGAGCUGGAAGAAGCAGCGAUGCUUCAAGCUGCAGGACGACUGCAUGACCGUCUGGUACAAGUCCAAGAAGACUGGCAACACCAAGUAUACCUUCUCCAUCAGUGAUGUGGAGACGGUGCGGGAAGGGCACCAGUCCGAGGUGCUGCAGAGCCUGGCUGAGGAGUUCCCCCCCGAGCACUGCUUCACCGUCGUCUUCCACGGGCGGCGCGGGAACCUGGACCUGAUUGCCAGCUCCCCCAAGGAGGCGCAGUGCUGGGUCCGGGGCCUGCGCCGCCUGGUGGAGAUCGUCACCAAGAUGGACCAGCAGGAGAAGAUGGAUCAGUGGAUCUGCGACUGGUUCCACAAGGCCGAUAAGAACAAGGACGGGCGCAUGAGCUUCCAGGAGGUGCGGCAGCUCCUCAGGAUGAUGAACAUGGAGAUGAACGAGGACCACGCGCUGCGGCUCUUCCAGAGGGCCGACAGGUCGGAGUCGGGGACGCUGGAGGGCGAGGAGUUCGUGCUGUUCUACAAGGCGCUGACGCAGCGAGACGAUGUGCUGGGCGUCUUCCAGGCGUUCUCCCAGGACGGGAAGAAGCUGACCCUGCUGGAGUUGGUGGAUUUCCUGCAGCAGGAGCAGCUGGAGGGGGAGAACACGCAGGAAUUCGCCAUGGAGCUGAUUGCCAGAUACGAGCCGUCUGAGAGUGCUGCGGUCAGGGAAUUGGUGUCUCCCCCGCCCCGCAUGGCCCCCAGGCACCAGCGAACAAGGACAUCGAGCCGAAUACACCUUGGUGUACACGACCCUCGGCACGGCGUCCUGCCCCGCCUGGCUGUGUCACUGUGCGGCGCAUAA